GCGAUGUUUGGUGGGCAGAGAGACAGAGACAGACUGUAAGGUUGACGAAAAGGGAGAAAAUGGCAAACAUUUGAAUCCCAAAGAGCGCUACUUUCUCUUCGCUACACGACAAAUCUUCCCUCCUUUUUCACGCCUCCUUUGUCCCUCUCUCUAUACCUUCUUCCUCCGCAUCGUAACUCGCAAAACCCUACAAUCCUCUUCAUAAACCAUCCUCUGCUUCUCCCUCUUCAUUUCCUGUGAUCUGAGCGUCUUCUCCUCUCAUCCUAAAUCAAUUUCAGAUGGAUUCUCCAACAGAAACUAGGCUUGAGAUCUCUGAUGACACACGCGAGUGGUCAGAGAAUUCGCUUGAACAAGUCUCAUCAGGGUUAGACCAAGGUGCCUCUUCCCCUGUAACUCCAGAGUCUGACAGAUUACAUGCAGCUCUCAGCUUUGGCAAUGGCAGUUCGGAUGUUUCUCCAAAUCAUGAGUCUGAGUCUUCUUACUCCGAGUUUGACUCGGAAGCUGAGGCCUUUUACUCAUCUCUUAACCACCAACUGGUCUCACCAGGGACAAUGGAUGGUCUUGAGUUAGGUGAGAAGCCAAUGAGCUACAGCGAACUGGUGAAGAAGCUUGGUCAAUACGAGGAAGAGCUCAGGACUAAAAGCCUAAAGCUCCAAGAAUCUGAACAAGAGAUUGAAAAGCUGAAGAGUGAGAAGAGAGAGUCUGCUGAGAAUCUCCGCGCUGAGCUUGAAGCUGCAAGGAGGGAGAUAGAGGCAAAGGACAAAGACAUUGAGAAUGAGAAAAAGCGAGCCCUGGAGAUGCAAGGACAGGUGGUUGGUUUGGAAUCUCAGCUCUCAGACUUGCGUUUCAAUGUAGGGAAUGUAGUGGAUGAGCUUCAUCUGAGCAAAGAGUGUUUAGCUGCAGCAGAUGCUGAGAUCUCAAAGUUCUCUACUGAGAAAACAAACCUGGAGAGUGAUGUUUCUGGUUUGUUAGAGAAGCAAACCUUCUUGGAAGAUCAGAUUAAGCGUUCUGACGCAGAGAAAAUGGAGAUGAAGAGCAACGAGGUGAAGCUGGAAGCUGAGAUCAAUGCAUUGAAGACAGGCUUAGCAUCAAGAGAUGAGCGUAUUGAAGCGUUGAACAAGGACUUCGACAAGCAUAAGCUGAGGUACGACAUGUUGAUGGCAGAGAGAGAUGGAGUUUGCGCUGAAGUAGACAAUCUAAAAGCAGAGAUGAGGACAAGAGACAUCCAAAUCAAGCAAAUGGAGGAGCAACUUAACCAGCUUGUGUCUGAAUCAGGAAAUGCCAAGAACACUGUGGAAGAACUGAGGGAGAUGGUUAAAGAACUGGAGAAGCAAGCAGAGUUGCAGAGUAAUGCGAUAUCAGAAGGAGAGCAAGAGAAACGAGAGGCGAUUAGACAGCUUUGUUACUCUCUGGAUCAUUACAAAAGCGGAUACAGACAGCUUGUGCGGUUUCUCUCGGGCAACAAAAAGCAACAACAGGCAACAACUGUCGUGUGAUUUAGAUGAAUGCUCUAUCUCCCCUUUGCUUAUUCCUUAUACCAUUAAUAUGUCUUCCUUUGUCCCAUAUUGUGUGUUCUCUUUCGUCUCAGACAUUUGUCAGAAUCUUUAGUAAGAAAUGUUAUUUAUAUGAAACCUAAGCUUGAAAAUGUUUUAUUA